AUGGUUUGCCAGCAUAUAAAUCAGGUUUUUCAAAACGAAAAAACUCGUGAUGGCGUUCUAAAGACCUGCAAUAUGAUUCGAUUCAUUGUGAAUCAUAGUGACUACAAGAAUAGACUCUUGCACUCGAUGAGAUGUUCAGAAUGCUUCGAAAUUAAUUGCGGCUCUACAUUCAUGUGUCUGCAAUGUGGAAUAUGUGGCUGCUGGAACAAGCAGCAUUUUAAAAUGCAUAGUAAGAAGGUGGGCCAUAUCUUUGGCAUUAAUUCUAGUAAUAGUCUAUUGUUCUGUUUCAAAUGCAACGACUAUAUCGGUGAAAAUGAGAUGCUGAUUAAUUCUAUGCUCAUGAAAUAUUGGGAUGACGUCUCCAUCAAGAGUGAAAUUCCGUUUGUGGAUAGAAGAGAUGGGUUAUGUGGAUUGGUAAACAUGGGAUCGACGUGUUUCAUGAGUAGUAUCAUCCAAACACUAGUUCAUAAUCCAUAUAUCCUCAAACACUUUAUGGACCAAGAACAUGCCAUUAAAUGUGAUUUGCAAGGUAGUUCAUCCUGCAUUUCAUGCGCGUUGGAUCAAAUCAUUCAAAAUUUUUAUGGAACACCCUCAAGUGACGAUAGUGCGGCGCAGCAGCAAGGCUUUAUCGACAUGCUUACUUGUUCUUGGAAGAUCAAUAAAAAUUUGGCUGGCUACUCGCAGCAGGACGCCCAUGAAUUUUGGCAAUUCUUUCUCAAUCAGUUGCAUGCGGACUACGUGCGGACUACUGGAAAGAAUACCACAAAGGUACUGCAGUGUAAAUGCAUCGCUCAUUCCUCAUUUGAAGGUUGUCUACGAAGCUCUAUUUAUUGUUCAGAUUGCCGUGAUGAUGGCAAGACUACGUUUGACCCUAUGAUGGACUUAUCCUUGAACAUCAAAAACAAGAGGACUUUGAGUGAAUGUUUGAAGAGUUUUCACAAGGGAGAGCAAUUGACAGAUUUCAAUUACAAUUGCCAUAAAUGUGGUUCCACACAUAAUCCUAUAAAGCAAUUGACCAUAGCUAAACUGCCCCCUGUCCUAGUCCUACAACUAAAGAGGUUUGAGCAUCUGAUGAACGGAAACAGUAUAAAAAUCAACGAUAGUGUAGAGUUUCCAAUAUAUCUCAAUAUGAGUCCUUUUUUGCAUGCAGUAGAAGAAACUAGGGUACCGGAUGUGGUUUAUGAGUUGAUUGCCGUUAUAUCUCACGAAGGCUCUGUUAAUCAAGGGCACUAUACUUCUAUGUGCAAAAUACCAGGCGGGCAAUGGUUUAAAUUUAAUGACUCAAUGGUCGUGACUAUAUCUGAGGAGGAUGUUCUAAAGCAACAGGCAUACCUACUUUUUUAUGUCAUCCGUCAUGUUCAUUGA